AGCUCGAAUUUGUAGUGACCAUGAAGAGCGCCAGAGCGACGUCACGCAGCAAUACUAGUACAUUCAAUUUCGUCAAAUUGCUAAUCUACGAUCAACCGUGUGCGGUCGUGGGGACUCCCAACAGUGAUUAGCCUACCCUUUCAGCGUUAGUGAAGUUCUGCAUGGCUGCAGCCCAAGGCUGUCGACUAGACGGUGAUCAGAUCGCGAGCUGUGCGUCCAAGUCCGGCGUCAUGUCCAAUCCAGAUGAUACUGGUCCUUCCGUAUGGGAGGAGCUUCUCCGGAAAGACAACCUCUGGGUUGGACACGGUUCUGAGACUGCCUUUGCGGACGCUAUUCUAGCGCAGAGAAGACGGCAGGGGCUUCCGCAGCUCGGUGCGCAACCUCUCCCACACCCGUACGAGAUUCUGCACACAUCCAGGCAACUCUCCCGCACGCGGUGGGCGGAGAAUCAGAGUCCCAAGCACGUCAGUGUCCCUGCUCACGGUCGAUCUGUGGUGACGUGCCUCCUCAUCUCGCAAGGGCGCGUUAUCACCGCGUCGGAUGAUUCCACAAUCAACAUCUACUCCCUGCCAACUGGUGGGCUCGAACGCUCGCUGAAGGGCCAUGGCGGGGGCGUAUGGAGUCUAGUCAUAAAUCGGACCACCCUCGCAAGUGGAUCGACUGACCGGUCCAUUCGUGUCUGGGAUAUUGAGUCCGGCCGUUGCACACACACCUUCGGUGGCCAUACGAGCACUGUUCGUGCCCUUGCGAUUGUGCGCCCUGAACCCACCGAUACGGAGCAAGACGGCGGUACAACCGUCUCAGAGAAGUGGCCCAAGCACCCGCUCGUCGUGUCCGGCAGUCGAGAUCAUACCCUUAGAGUGUGGGCUCUUCCAAACCCUGGAGACCCCGAGUUCCAUUCACCCAUGGACGAGCAUGGCGGGGUGAACGACGAUCCCGAGCAGAAUCCAUACCACAAGCUGCUUUUGGAUGGUCAUGAACACGCAGUUCGUGCAUUAGCGGCGCGCGGUCGAACAGCAGUAUCUGGCAGCUUCGACUGCACUGUCCGCGUAUGGGAUAUUGCGACAGGCACCUGUAAGUGGGUCCUCGUUGGCCAUACAGAGAAAGUGUACUGCGUAGCACUCGACACGCGUCGCCAACGCACAUACUCGGGAAGCCUGGACGGCACCGUGCGCAUAUGGGAUCUCCAGACAGGACAAUGCCUCCACGUGUUGACGGGCCACGAGUCCCUCGUCAGUCUCGUCGCCCUCUCCCCCUCCUACCUCGUCUCCGGCUGCGCCGACGGCAUGCUGCGCGUCUGGGACCCCGACGCGGGCGCGCACCUCCACACGCUCAGCGGCUCGCCCUCCCGCGGCGCCAUCACGUGUUUCGCGCACGACGAGUUCAAGGUGCUCGCCGGGAGCGACAGCACGCUGAGAAUGUGGGACGUCCGGAGCGGCGCGGAGGUGCGCGACCUGCUCACGGGCGCGGUGGGCGUGUGGCAGGUCGCGUGCGAGGGCCGGUGGUGCGUCGCGGCGAGCAGUCGGAAUGAUCGUACUUUCUUGGAUACAUGGGACUUUGCGACUGGGGAAGGGGACGCGGACUGGGUUGGGGAGCCUUCGGAUGGUGUGUACGACGAGUAUAGCGAUGAAGACGAUGGGAGCUGAGCUGAUGAGACUGCAUCGCGGAUUCCGUCAUGCGUAUCUAUGGUCGUAGUGUGAAACAUCACCCAACCUGUUGGAUGUCGUCCGCGUACGCACAGUGUGCCACAGUCCAUGAUAUCGUACAUU